UUGUAUAUUUGUUAUAACAUAUAAUGGCAUUCCAACUGCCUGCAACAACAACAACAGCCAGCGCUCCGAGCUUYUCGUUUGGGCUUAGCACUGCAACGCCAGCAACUGCCGGCGCCGCAGUUCCCGCCAAACCCACAUUUGGCUUUGCUGCACCAGCAGCUGCUUCAAAUGUUGGCGGUGGCGAUGCUGAUAGUGGCAAGACGGCGGCAGCGCCUCUACAAUUUGGCGGCUUUGGCUUGACGGGAACACAAGCUGCUCCAACUUUAUCGAAUCCACUGACGGGCUUGGGUGCCGGGCUGGGCGGCACUGCUGCUGCUGCUCCCGCAGCCGGGGCGGCCACAGCUCCACCCGCUACUACAGCGGCUCCAACUUUUGGAUUCCUUUCGCAACCAGCAGGUGCAGCAGCCACAGCAACCACAACAGCAGCUGCAGCAGCGACAACCACAGCAAAUCCACUUGGUGGUGGUGGCCUAACCYUGGGUCUAGGAACUGCACCGAAAACUACAUCGGCUGUAGCACCCACAGCUACUUCUGUUGCUCAACUGGGUAGUACAGCACCACUUGGAGCUGCGGCUACCACUGCUGCUUCUGCGCCAGCCGCAGCAACUGGCAGCACCUUUGCCAACCUCUCCACUGCAACAAAGACCACUGACUCAGCCACCGUUGCGAAUGCUACGCAGUUGACGUACCAUCAGCUGGAGGAGCACAUUAACAAAUGGACUUUGGAAUUCGAGGAGCAGGAGAAAGUCUUCACAGAGCAGGCGACGCAAAUAAAUGCCUGGGACAAGCUGCUCAUUGGCAACAACCAGAAGAUCAUUGAGCUAAACGAUGCAGUGCAAAAGGUGAAGAACGACCAGCAGGUACUCGACCAGGAGCUAGAGUUCAUAGCCACGCAGCACAAAGAGCUGGAGGAGAGUCUGGGUCCGUUAGAGAAAGAGUUCACCAAUUUGCCACGCGUCGAUCAGGAGCGCAGUCAAACCUAUCUGAUGGUCGAGAAUCUGGAUACGCAGUUGAAGCAAAUGUCCGAGGAUCUGAAAGAGGUGAUCGACAAUCUCAACGAGGCGAACAAGGGACAGGAUCACACAGAUCCCAUUAUACAGAUUGGCAAGAUAUUGAACGCACACAUGAAUUCACUCCAAUGGAUCGAGACACAGUCGUCGCACAUAUGCAAGAAACUGGAUGAUAUCGGAAAAAUCCAUGAGACGCAAAAGCGAGACAUCUUCAGGGCUCCCUAUUGAAAGAUAUAUCAUUUUUAAAUAAAUGUAAAAAUUAA